AUUACCAUUGAAAAUGAAUGGGAAAUUUGGACGUACUUUGCCGUCAAAGGCAUGGAUGCGCGUGGUCUGCAAAAAAAUGCCAUAUGACAAAAAAAACUGCUAUAUGCCAAAGGCCAUUUUGCCAUAUGCCAAAAAAAAAACUGCCUAAUGCCAAAAGCCAUUUUGCCAUAUGCAAAAAGCCAUUUUGCUAUAUACCAGAAAAACUGCUAUAUGCCAAAAGACAUUUUGAAAUGUGCCAAAAAAAUCUAUGCCAAAAGUCAUUUUGCCAUAUGCCGAAAAAAAAAAAAAAAAAACUGCCAUAUACCAAAAGUCAUUUUGCUAUAUACCAGAAAAACUGCCAUAUGCCAAAAGACAUUUUGCCAUGUGCCAAAAAAAUCUAUGCGAAAAGCCAUUUUGGUAUAUGCCAAAAUGACUAGACAUAUGGCCUAUAUGGCAAAAUGGCUUCCGGCAUAUUGUAGUUUUUUUCUCUGGUAUAUGGCAUUUUUUGCAGGCCAUGCACGUCCACAUUUCCCAUUCAUUUUCAAUGGCAGAAAAACGUGUGGUUGUGAUUUUUGACCAUACACUUAACAUUACCAUUGAAAAUGAAUGGGAAAUUUGGACAUGCAUGGCUGUCAAUGGCAUGGACGUGCAUGGCCUGCAAAAAUUGCUAUAUGACAAAAAAUAUGCCAUAUGCCAAAAGCCAUUUUGCCACGUCAAAAGCAAUUUUGCUGUAUACAAGAAGAAACUGCCAUAUGCUAAAAGACAUUUGCCAUGUGUCAAAAAAAAUCUUCUAUGCCAAAAGCCAUUUUGCCAUAUGCGGAAAAAAACUGCCAUCUACCAAAAGCCAUUUUGCUAUAUACCAGAAGACAAAGAAAGAGAAAAAACUGGAAUAGUAAGUGAGGAAAUAAUUAGCACAAAACAUGAAUUUUGAUUGUUAUUUACAUCUGUAGCGCUGCAAUGCAUGCUAGGAGGCUUGUUGGACGACAACAGUGUUGACAGCCUUGAGAAGUUGACUGUCUCACCCAAGGGAGCUGUGACGGCCAAAUGAAGCUUUGAACCAAUUGGCUGCAAAGCUUCAUUUGGCCAAAAUGAAGCUUUCAUGGUUGUUUAUUUGGUCUUAUGACAGUCGAAUGAUGCCGCUGUUAAAUAAGUGUUACCGGUUAAUAUCUUUUGGUGUAAAUAUCCCAUAAUACAGUGGGGACAGCUGCGGCUUACAGUCCAGUGCGCCAUAUCUAUGAACAAAUGUCAUUUUCUGACAAGUUUGGUGAGUGGCGGCUUAUAGUCAAGUGCGCCUCGUAGUGCGAAAAUUAUGGUAGAUUUCCUCAGGGACUUGGGCAGCUUGUCAAGGCACGGAAGUGUGCACACUUGGUCGAAUUGGGCCACUUAGAAGAUUCAUUUUGGUUUUGAAUAAGGGCGUGGCUGUGCAGUUCAGUGCCGCCUCCUUUUUUUGUAGGACCCUCUUCAAUUGGGGCUUUUUCCCCCUUGGUGUGUGAAUGUAUUUCUAAUCCCAAAAUAAGAGGCGAGUUUCGAGCAUGCUAGGUUCUCAUGAGACUAUGUGAAGGGGUCGAUCUGCCACUACCCAGACCUGCGUGCUGUCCGAGUUGUACCAAACUGCGAAGGCCUGUUCAACCCUUCUUGCAGGCCGUUAGCAUUAUUGUCUGAAAGACUAAGACGAAAAUUAAUAGGGCUGCCAAAAACAAUACUGAUGUUCUGAUUAUUGUUGUAUCGCCGUAGCGUGAGACAAUCGUUAUCAUGAGGCUUGUAUCGCAAAUCUUAUCCUAUUGCGAGCUACUCAUAGGUUGCUACUUCUACUCAUGGCGUUUCAUUCAUGCAAAACAACGAGCGUGUUUGCCUCCAACAACCGUGACGUCACAUGAAUCCCGUGACCCGGUUAAGCCCCCCGACUGGAGGAAGUGCAGAAGUAGCGAGGGGAGGGUGAGCGCGCGGGUUGGUGGGUGGGUUUAGCCGCUGUCAGGAGCGCGAGACGGAGAGACAAAAGCGUCUCCCCGUCCCUCCCACUCUCACUCACUCAUUCAACGCAGAGCGCGGCGUACGGCGGAAUGGCCCGAGCGCUCGCAACAAAGAGAGGAACUUAGGAUUUCUUCUUGUGCACGCACGGCGCGCACCUUUUUUCCUUUCUCAAGCGGUGCGCGCGGGACAGCUCGCGUGGAGCCCGGCUUCCAUGCUGGACGGGACGGCGAGGACGAAUGCACACACGCCCACCGACGCUCUGGAGCGUACCAUGCUGGUCCAGGGAGCGGUGACGCCCGGGAGGACCCGCCGGCUGAUGCUCAAACUGCCGGUGGGAACUCUCCGCAGGAACAGCGGCGAGCGGAUGACGGAGGGAAGGCGAUGUCAGGUCCAUCUCCUGGACGACAGGAAACUGGAGCUCCUUGUCCAGCCCAAGUUGAUGGCAAAGGACCUCCUGGACCUGGUGGCCUCUCACUUCAACCUCAAGGAGAAGGAGUACUUUGGAAUUGCAUACACAGAUGAAACGGGCCAUUUUAGUUGGCUGCAGCUGGACCGCAGGGUAUUAGAACACGAAUUUCCCAAAAAAUCAGGACCCAUUGUCCUCUACUUCUGUGUCAGGUUCUACAUCGAGAGCAUAUCAUACUUGAAAGACAACGCCACCAUUGAGCUGUUUUUCCUCAACGCCAAGUCCAUCAUCUACAAGGAGCUCAUUGAAGUGGACAGCGAUGUCGUCUUUGAACUGGCUUCUUAUAUUCUCCAAGAGGCUAAAGGUGAUUUCACUAGUAACGACGCGACCAGGUCCGACCUAAAGAAGCUCCCUGCUCUUCCCACCCAAGCCCUAAAGGAGCACCCGUCCCUAGCUUACUGUGAGGAUCGUGUCAUCGAGCACUACAAGAAGCUCAGCGGGCAGUCCAGAGGGCAAGCUAUCGUAAACUACAUGAGCAUUGUGGAGUCCCUGCCCACAUAUGGAGUACAUUACUACGCUGUAAAGGAUAAGCAGGGGAUCCCCUGGUGGCUGGGACUCAGCUAUAAAGGCAUUUUUCAGUACGACCAUCAGGACAAAGUCAAGCCCAGAAAGGUGUUCCAAUGGCGUCAGCUGGAGAACCUCUACUUCCGAGAGAAGAAGUUCUCCGUGGAAGUUCAUGACCCCAGGAGGGCGUCGGUGACGCGCCGGACAUUCGGCCACAGCGGCAUCGCCGUGCACACCUGGUACGCCUGCCCGGCCCUCAUCAAGUCCAUCUGGGCCAUGGCUAUAAGCCAGCACCAGUUCUAUCUAGACCGCAAGCAGAGCAAGUCGAAGAUCCACGCGGCCCGCAGUCUGAGCGAGAUCGCCAUCGACCUCACCGAAACGGGAACGUUGAAAACGUCCAAACUGGCUAACAUGGGCAGCAAAGGCAAGAUUAUCAGUGGAAGCAGUGGCAGUCUGCUUUCCUCAGGCUCUCAGGAAUCGGACAGCUCGCAAACAGCCAAAAAGGACAUGCUAGCAGCAUUGAGGGCCCGCCAGGAAGCUCUGGAGGAGACGCUGAAGCAGAGGCUUGAGGAGCUCAAGAACAUCUGCAUCAGAGAGGCUGAGCUGACUGGAAAACUUCCCAAGGAAUACCCACUGGAUCCUGGAGAGGAAGCUCCCACAGUGCGGCGAAAGAUCGGCACUGCCUUCAAACUGGACGAACAGAAGAUUCUUCCAAAGGGAGAGGAAGAGGAACUGGAGCGGCUGGAGCGGGAGUUCGCCAUUCAGUCGCAGAUAACCGAAGCUGCCCGUCGCCUGGCCGGCGACCCGCACGUCAACAGCAAGAAGCUGAAAAAGCAGAGGAAGACGUCGUAUCUCAACGCCCUCAAGAAGCUGCAGGAGAUCGAGAAUUCCAUCAACGAAUAUCGGAUUCGCUCUGGAAAGAAACCCACUCAAAGGGCAUCGCUAAUAAUCGAAGAGGCCAACAUUGGCUCGGAAGAAAGUUCCCUAUCCGACGCUCUGGUCCUGGAUGACGACGACCCCCAGAUGACGGGGACGCCCAACUACUCGCCAAUAGCGUCGCCCCACAAGGGCCUCCCGCCGCGUCCUCCCUCCCACAGUCGUCCCCCUCCGCCGCAGUCCCUGGACGGGCUACGACAUCUGCAUUUCGGCCGCGGCGAUUACGAUAAAUCGCCAAUCAAGCCCAAAAUGUGGAGCGAGUCUUCACUCGACGAGCCAUACGAAAAAGUCAAGAAGCGCUCUUCUCACUCCAGUCACAGGAGAUUCCCGAGCUCCGGCAGCACGGAAGCGGGAGGUAGCAACUCUCUGCAGAGCAGCCCCAUCAGGAGCCUCCCUCAGUGGAACUCUCAGUCCAGCAUGCCGUCCACGCCGGACCUGAGGACACGGACGCCACACUACGUACAUUCCACCAGGUCAGUGGACAUCAGCCCCACACGUCUGCACAGCCUCGCUCAGCACUUUAGGAACCGCAGCUCCAGUUUGGAGUCCCAAGGCAAGCUCCUGACGUCGGACCCGGACGCGCACCCGCACGCGUUGGGUACGCUAGGAAGCCCGGACUUUUUCCUGGGCCCGGCGCGGAGCUCCAACGGCUCCGACCCGCUGGACGACUGCUCCUCUUGUACCAGCCAGAGCAGCUCGGAGCACUUCUACCCAGCCGGCGGGCCCUUGGCGCCCGGUAGCAACCCCAACUACUCCACCCUUGGGGAGGAUUCGCCUUCCAAAGCCAGGCAGAGGCAACGGCAGAGGCAUAGGUCGGCCGGUCACCUAGGGUCGUCCAAUUCGGGCUCCAUGCCAAAUCUAGCGGCUAAAAACGGUUCUGUCGGGGGUUCGGGCGGAAGCGGCGUCGGCGGGGGCCACCACGGCGUCUACCUUCACAGCCAGAGCCAGCCGUCCUCCCAGUACCGCAUCAAAGAGUACCCGCUUUACGUGGAGGGCAGCCCCAACCCGGUGGUGGUGCGCAGCUUGGAGAGUGACCAGGAGGGCCACUACAGCGUCAAGGCCCAGUUCAAGACCUCCAGCUCCUACACGGCGGGGGGACUGUACAAGGAGGCCUGGGGAGGGGAGGAGGGCGGCGAGGGCGGAGGCCGACUCACGCCGUCGCGCUCGCAGAUUGUACGGACUCCGUCGUUAGGGCGCGAGGGCAGCGGCGGCGGAAGGGCGGCCGUGUCGGAGGAGCUGCGCUGCUGGUACCAGAGGUCGUCCGGGAGCUUGAAGGAGAGGAGUCACUCCCACUCGGGAUCCGAAACAGGCUCGCUCCGGGGCAGCCGCGUGGGAACGCUAGCCAAGGGUUCGCCAGCCGCGUCCCCUCACAGCCAGAGGAGUAUGACGCCCUCCAGCGAGCAAACGGCCACGCCGCCGUGCAGCCCGCAGCACAUCCUCAACUGGCAGAGCAGCGGAGGCACAGCAGACAGCUCUCCCACUGAGGACGUCUGUCAGUCUCCUCUUCAGCCUGGCUCUGGUGUCUAGAGGUCCUUCAGCGACAGCUGCUUCCUGGGCGGCCCUUCCUGUUCCGAUCUGGCGGACGUGCAGUGGUACAGACGCGACAAGGCCAAACCCGGAACCCUGGUCUGAGACCUUCCCGAACCUUCACUGCAUCCCGCCCGUUGCGCUAGCCUCCCUCCAGCCACGCCUUCAUCCCACCCCGCUCAGGCCGCCAGCUACGGGGAGCGAGCGGACGCCAACGAGAGAGCGAUUGAGCACAGUCCCUUUUCAGAUUUGCCCAUUCCUGCUGGUUUUGAGCCACCGGUCUUAAAAACCCCGUGUGUCGGGCGUCAGUAUUCCCAGUCACCUUUUUACUUUCCCCUCUUCAUAUUUAUUAUCAAACAAGGAGAAGACGAUAUUUCUUCCCCCCAAAAAAAAAUCUCUUUAUGAGAAAAUUUCCUCAUUUAACCCGCAAACUAGACGGACAAGGAUAGAACACCAUCCGGACUACAGCAAUAACAAACGUUGGUUUUGUUUGGACUUCGUCACGUCCGCGUGGCUUUUGGCGUCCGUUUCUUGUCUGCCACAAAUUUUCAAAGUUGUAAACUAUCCGCGGGCAUGUGGGGCACCGUUUGUAAAGCAGCUCAUGCUGAAAAUUACAACAUUUUCUCACAUUUAGCGCCACAGUGUUUAAAAUGUGGUGUAAAAAUUUUAGAGUCACUUGGUUUUUUGCACAUUUACAACAAUAUCGAGCAACUUCAAUAUUUAUUUUGGACCUUAAUGUUUAAAUCCAGAACUAAAUAUUUAAUUUAAAUCCUAAAUGUAAAUGUUCAAUUUAUAUCCUAAAUUUAUAUCUUAAAUCCAAAUGUUAAAUCUAAAUUUAACAUUUAGAUUUAAGAUUUAUAUCUUGAAUCCAAGUGUUAAAUAUUAGGGCUGUCAAACGAUUAAAAUUUUUAAUCGAGUUAAUCACCGCUUAAAAAUUAAUCGUAAUUAAUCGCAAUUCAAACCAUCUAUAAAAUAUUCCAUAUUUUUCUGUAAAUUAUUGUUCGAAUGGAAAAAUAAGACACAAGACGGAUAUAUACAUUCAACAUACUGUACAUAAGUACUGUAUUUUUUUAUUAAAACAAAUCAACAGGAUGGCAUUAACAUUAACAUUCUGUUAAACCGAUCCAUGGAUAGAAAGACUUGUAGUUCUUCAAAGAUAAAUGUUAGUACAAGUUAUAGAAAUUUUAUAUUAAAAUCCCUCUUAAUGUUUUCGUUUUAAUAAAAUUUGUAAAAUUUUCAAUCAAAAAAUAAACUAGUAGCUCGCCAUUGUUGAUGUCAAUAAUUACACAAUGCUCAUUGUGCUUAAACCCAUAAAUUUAGUCGCACCAAAGCGCCAGCAGAGGGAGACAAAAAAACACAAGUAACAAAUGGACAUGUCACUGUGCUGUCAUUUUAAUCUGUUUGAGCGGGGCAUGUGCAUUAAUUGCGUCAAAUAUUUUAACGUGAUUAAUUUAAAAAAUUAAUUACCGCCCGUUAACGCGGUAAUUUUGACAGCCCUAUUAAAUAUAUAUAUAUAUAUAUAUCUUAAAUGUACGGUGGGGAGAACAAGUAUUUGAUACAGUGUAAAUGUUCAAUUUUAAUUUAAAUCCUAAGUGACAGGGAUUCACUAAGGACCCAAAUGCACGUAUGUUCCAUUUAAACAAAAAUAUUUAUUUUCAGUUCAUAGGAGUUCAAAAAGAGAACAAAAAUUCACAGCACUUGCUGGAUACCAAAAAUCUGAGCAAAGUCAACAAUAACUCACAGAACUUGCUGGAUACCAAAAUUCUGCGUGAAGUCAACAAAGUAACAAAAGUGGGCAUUUGAACUCAACAUAAAUCUUAGUCAAGAAAAGGCUUACAUGAGCUAGUGACAUGGAACAUGGCAGGAUACACGACAAACCGACACUGGGCAUGGUUAGCAGCAGGCUAUAUAUACAGAAGGUCACAGGUGGACAUGAUCAGCCUGAUUGGCAAGAGCAGGAAGUAAAGAUUGCUCAAGGAGGCAAACCACUACCAAAAUAAAAGGAUCUGGCUUGAACAAACACAAAACAUUAACAAGACUUCCGAGACGUGACACUAAGUAUCUGGAAACGGUUAAAACUAAAUAUUUAGCUCAAUAUGCAAAUUCACAAGACUGGAGACCAGAAGUAACAAAAAAAACCUGGAGCAGCUCAGACUGUUUGCUUAGUCCAGUCCAACAGAGACCCCUUGUGGCUAUUCAUAGUAACUUUACCAGGCUCACGUAAGAAAAAGUGACACGAAAAACACAAAAUACUCUUUAAACAGUUUCUCUUAAACGUUAAAUGUUAUUAUCACAAUGAUUCAUGUCCAAGAUCCGACUGCUACCGUUAAGUAGGUUUUAUUCAUUUUCAAGUCUGAGCUGAUCCAGCUUUUAUUUUGUUACUUCCGGUUUCCACUCAUGAGAAUUUGCAUAUUAAGCUAAGUAUUUAGUUUCAACCAUUUCCAAACUUAACAUUUAAAUUCCGUAUUUAGAUUAGGGCUGUCAAAAUUAUCGCGUUAACGGGCGGUAAUUUUUUUUUUCUUAAUUAAUCACGUUAAAAUAUUUGACGCAAUUAACGCACAUGCCCCGCUCAAACAGACUAAAAAAACAGUACAGUGUAAUUGUCCAUUUGUUACUUGUUUUUUGGUGUUUGGCUCCCUCUGCUGGCGCUUGGGUCCAAAUGAUUUUAUGGGUUUGGGGAGUGAGCAUGGUGUUAUUAUUGACAUCAACAAUGGCGAGCUACUAGUUUAUUUUUUGACUGAAAAUUUUACAAAUUUUAAUAAAACGAAAACAUUAAGAGGGGUUUUAAUACAAAAUUUCUAUAACUUGUACUAACAUUUAUCUUUUAAGAACUACAAGUCUUUCUAUCCAUGGAUCGCUUGAAGAGAAUGUUAAUAAUGUUAAUGCCAUCUUGUUGAUUUAUUGUUAUAAUAAACAAAUACAGUACUUAUGUACCGUAUGUUGAAUGUAUAUAUCCAUCUUGUGUCUUAUCUUUCCAUUCCAACAAUAAUUUACAGAAAAAUGUGGCAUAUUUUAUGAAUGGUUUGAAUUGUGAUUAAUUACGAUUAAUUUUUAAGCUGUUAUUAACACGAUUAAAAGUUUGACAGCCCUAAUUUAGAUAUAUAUUUAAGAUUUACAUUUAUGAUAUAAAUUUAACAUUUAUAUUUAAAAUCUAUAUUUAACAAUUAGAGUUGAGAUAUAUAACAUUUGGAUUUAAGAUUUAGAUUUAACAUUUAGAUUUAAGAUAUAUAUUUAGGAUAUAAAUUUAAGAUUUAUAUUGAAGAUUUAAAUUAAAUAUUUGGUUCUGGAUUUAAUCAUUCAUGUCCAAUACUUAUUAUUUAAAAAUAUUUAAGUUGCUGAAUAAUGUGAAUGUGCAAAAAAAAAAAAAGUGACUACAUUUUCACACCACAUUUUAAACACUGUGUGGCGCUAAAUGUGAGAAAAUGUCGUAAUUUUCAGCAUGAGCUGCUUUACAAAGGCGCCCCAUACGGGCAAGGAGAGCCAUCUCGGCUUGAAUAUGAAGCCUGUUUAUUAGUUAUCAAUGACCCUAAAUUGCCAAUGAAUUCCCGAUUUGAAGAGUUUCUGAAAAUUCCUUUCCAUCAAUUCUCUGAGAAUUUUGGAAAUUGACCGAAAAGGUCUCAGCACUUUGCAAGCCAGUGCAACCUCGGUAACUCUUGAGUGUAGCGCGACGAAGCUGCAGUUGUGCUAUUUCUUACACGACAUGUGGGCAAAAGUAUUGGGACACUCGGCCAUUACGUGGCAAAUUCCCUUGUUUUCAAUGUAACUCUACUAGAAAUAAGUGAAAUUAUCUGCCAGUGCUUCAAGCAAUUUUACGAACUUAAGAUUUUUUGAAACAAGACAAAAAGCUAGGCGGAAAAUAAACUUGACGGACUUAAGCAAUAAAUUAGAAUAUAAAAUCUUAAACUAAUUUUAAGUAACAUUUUGUACUUAAAUCUAAAUAAAGACAGUUAUAUAUUACGGCUGAAGCUAUCGAAUAUUUUAGUAGUCGAUUAAUCGAUGGACUAGUUAGUUCGAAUAAUCGGAUAAGGAACAUGAAAAAUUAAAACACCUGAGCUGAGCGCCUCAAACGAUAUAAUUUUAGUUUUGUUUUAAAUGAGGAUCUGUGUAGAACAAAAGAACAAUUGGCUAACUUGGAUAGAAAAAGUAUGCUAGCUUAAAUGCUAUGAAAUGCUAAAGUUUUUUGUUUUUCAAUGCUCUUAAUAAGUGGUUCAGACACAUAUUCCCAGAAAAAAAACGGCUAAAUAUACCUACAAACUAAAUUAAGAAUGCAUUAAAAAAAGCAUUCGCUCAAACAAAAACUUAGCUUAUGUUGGUCUUAAUAGGGAGCAGUUGGAUACAGCCAUGUGAAAAGAGGCAGACCAGAGCGCAGUGUAUCCACCCUCAUCAGUAAAAUUAAAUGCCAACACUUUUAAAAUCAACCAUUACAAUGCCAAUUUAAUUAAACGAAUACUCGAAGCAACAAAAUUUAGUUCUAAUAUUUUUUUCUAAUCGAAUAUUCGAGUUAAUCAAAUAAUCGUUGCAGAACUAUUAUAUAUACAGUGGUAUGAAAAAUCCAGACCUUUUAGAAUUUCUCGCAUUUCUGCCUAAAAUCACCAUCAAAUGUGAUCUAUCACAAAAAUACACUAAACACACUAAAGUUAAAACUAAAAACACUAAAAUUAAGAGGGGUUUUAAUUUAAAAAGGCUAUAACUUGUACUAACAUUUAUCUUUUAAGAACUACAAGUCUUUCUAUCCAUGGAUCGCUUUAACAGAAUGUUAAUAAUGUUAAUGCCAUCUUGUUGAUUUAUUGUUAUAAUAUACAAAUACAGUACUUAUGUACAGUAUGUUGAAUGUAUCUAUCCGUCUUGUGUUUUAUCUUUCCAUUCUAACAAUAAUUUACAGAAAAAUAUGGCAUAUUUUAUAGAUGGUUUGAAUUACGAUUAAUUUUUAAGCUGUGAUCAACUCGAUUAAAAAUUGUAAUCGUUUGACAGCCCUAAAUAUAAUAUGAUAUGAUAUUAUAUAUAUAAAAUAACAAUAUAAUAUUAUAUUAUAUUAUAACUAGGGUUGUUCCGAUCAUGUUUUUUUGCUCCCGAUCCGAUCGUUUUAGUUUGAGUAUCUGCCGAUCCCGAUAUUUCCCGAUCCAAUUGCUUUUUUUUUUUUGCUCCCGAUUCAAUUCCAAUCAUUCCCGAUAAUUUCUCCCGAUCAUAUACAUUUUGGCAAUGCAUUAAGAAAAAAACGAAUAAAACUCGGACGAAUACAUACAUUCAACAUUUAUUUAUUGUCAUAAUAAACGAAUACAGUACUUAUGUACUGUAUUCGUUUAUUAUGACAAUAAACCCUCAAGAUGGCAUUUACAUUAUUAACAUUCUUUCUGUGAGAGGGAUCCACGGAUAGAAAGACUUGUAAUUCUUAAAGGAUAAAUGUGACUUUGUAUAUUGUGACUAAAUAUUGCCAUCUAGUGUAUUUUUUGCGCUUUCAGUAAAUGAUACUGUAGCCAUUUAACUGUUCUGCUCAAAUGCAUGAUGGGAAGUGCAACCAUGACUGCGUAGUGGUACCAAUUGAUGUAUCUUCUCUGCGUUGGGAAAUAACAUAGGGUGUUAAGAAAAAGCUCAAUUACUACCUUUCUUCCCCACAUUGCUUCCCACGAUAUUUCUAAUCAUAGGGAGAGGGAUUGUAAGGCUUUAGCCAAUUAAAAAAAGGCUCCAAAGGCUGCCAAAAUUCACUCUACUCAUUUUACGCUGCCUUUUAGCUCUAUAUAUUGGUAAAACGAUGUUAUUACAGAUUGAACGCGACAAUGCGCGAGUGGGUCGUGCAGCGCAUGUGUUAGUUGCGUUAAAUAUUUUAACGCGAUAAAUUUUUUAAAAAAUUAAUUACCGCCAUUAACGGGAUAAAUUUGAUAACCCUACCUUAAGCCUAAACUCAAGACUCUGGAUGAGUGUAACAUAUGUCUGUAACGUUAAAUACAAUUAGAAAACGAUUUAAUUAAGAAAUAUAUAUAUAUUAAAAAAAGGCAUGUCAGAUAUUUUUUUGCCUUUGAAAAUGACGUGAUCGGACCCGAUCGAUCGGGAUCGAGACAUCUCUAAUUAUAACACUAUUAAUCAAAUAAUUAAUAACCAAAUAACCCUCGCUAGGUUCUUCACAGAAAAAGCCAGAAAAUAAAUAACACAAGUAAAAAAAUAUAUAUAUAUAUUUUUUUUUUAAUUGUUCAGGGGGCCGGACCAAAUCUGGCCUGCGGGCCGUAGUUUGGGGACCCCUGUUAAACACAGACAUUGAACCGAAUACAUUAUCUAACCAUAAAUGUCAACUACUACACUAAGACCCAACCAAAAGAGUGUCCCAAAACUUAUGUCCUUAUGUUGCCUGUACACACACACACACAAACACACACAAAUGGGUGCUACUACUUUUGUUUCGGAGGGGGUUGAGGUUCACGCCAACCAUAAGGUGGCAAGAAUGGCAGCCAGGCAAACUAGCCAAACUUCCAAAAGCACAAUCUCACCUAAAGAGAAGCCAUAAAGCGCCGCUUUAACAUACAAACCCAUUUUUAACUCAUUGACGGCAAUGUACGUCAGAUCUCCCAAUUGAAAAGGUAUGGACGUCCUUCCCUGUCAAAGGCACGGAUUUUAUUGACAGAAAGUGUUUUGUUGAUGCACCUAAAAAAAUGAUACGAAACCUAUGGAAAAUCCCGCCCUCUCGCACAACAGGCCCCGCCCACGCCCAGCCACAAUGUAGUGUUAAUGAACCUUGAAACUCAUGUUUUUAAAAGUACUUAACAUGCUUUUAUGGUAUUUUUACUACUCACGCUUUUCAACAAUGUUGCCGUCACAAUUUUUUGUUGUUGUUUUUGUUUUUCCCCGGUGCUACACAAUUAGCAUCUCCCCCAUAGACCAUUUAUUUUAACACACGGCAGACAAAUAGAGCAUGUAACUUAACAAGAUGACAUUUAAUGUGCUGUAGGAAAACCAAUGUGGAGUUGAUAAUAAGUAAUAAUGAUGAUAACUGAAUUCCACAGUUAAUUUAUUCUUUUCUAUUCAAAAUUUGUAUAGUAACUUUACAUUUUUCAAAAAGCGCGGCGUCGGAAAAAGCGGAGAGGGGUUUUUUUCAGAGACGCCGGUUCAGGAGAUGAACACAAAUAAAUUAUUGAUGAAUGUUUGCAAGGCUCCUGUUGUGUUUUUUUCCAUGCUUAAAGAUUCCACUUCUUCAGAUAAAAAUUAGUGAAAAUGCAUUUUUUCUGUAACAAAUAUUUAUGAAAAUAGCUAAAGCAGGAUUUUGUAUGAUUACUGCUGACUGGGAUUUAUUUUUUCUACCCUCAACAAAGUGUUUUUCCAAUUUUUUUGUGAUAAAAUUGGAAUUAAAUAAUGUCUUUUUUUAUAAUAAGCAUCAUAAGGAGCCCCCCGGGUGCCAGGGUAGGAAAAAUGACCAAAAAAAAAAAAUCAUGGCUAAUCUGUACCCACAGUUUAGUCAUCUGUGGGUACGGUUUACUAAUCUGUACCCACAGUUUAGUAAUCUGCACCCA